AAAGGCAAUUGGUCAGAGUGACAUCAAAUAUUACCAGGUCCGUGUGAUAACACCUGGGGAUGACUCCUACCCUGCACCCGCAAACACUCCACCAAUAUCCUCCUUCCCUACCUCAGCCACCACCUACCACCGCCCCCCGCCGCCGGAAUGUCCAAAACCAAGCUGAAUUUUCCAUGCGCUUAACAGAUCUCAGCCUCCGUCGCAUCACCGCCGCCUCUCCGUUUCAAUUCCGAUUCAACCACCAUCACCAUCACCACCACAACCAAAGGCCUUCUUCUCUCACCGACGAUCUUACCUCAAUUUACCCCAAAUCUAUGGCCGACGAAUCAAAGAAGACGCAUACUCAGCCGGAAAACGCCGUCUCGACAACGACGACGUUGAAAGUCAAAGAUGAAAAGCAGAAGGAAUCGGAAAAGUCGAUGCCGCCAGUUCCGCCGCCGCCGGAGAAGCCGUUACCGGGUGAUUGCUGCGGCAGCGGAUGCGUGAGGUGUGUUUGGGACGUGUAUUACGAGGAACUCGAGGAAUACAACAGGCUUUACAAGGCAAAUUAAAUCUACCAAAGCCUUAUUACUGUGAUUUAUCUGCUUUGAUCGAACUUUUCUUUGGCUUUUCUGUUUGAUUUCUCGAAAUUGCAUGUGGAAAUCUCAACAAUACCAAAUCAAAGCAAAAAUUUGGAUAUUAGAAGGGCAGUACAGUGGUUGAAUUGCUGCUUAGCAACAAGUGAUUUGGUUUUAUUUUCAAAAUUCAAUUUUUAGUUAUAUUACAUUUCAGUACUUCUGGAA